AUGAAAAUAUUUCUAGGGUUUGUGAUUUGGAGUGUCUUGAGCAAUGGGAUCCAUGUGGAAGGUUCCGCAGAGAUCGAUGUAAUGUUGAAGAGACUGAACAAACCUGCAGUGAAGACUAUCUAUAGUGAAGAUGGAGACAUCAUAGACUGUGUAGACAUUUACAAGCAACUUGCUUUCGACCAUCCCGCCUUGAAAAACCACACAAUUCAGGAGAAACCGAGUGUGAAGCUAAACUCAGACCAACCAGGGAGUCUGAAACCGAAUUCUUCAAAAACGAUUAUACCCCAGAUUUGGAGGAAAGCUGGUAAAUGUCCUGAAGGGACAGUCCCGAUCCGGAGAGUGAGAUUAGAAGAAAUAACAAGUGCAUCUAAUGUUUCCCAAUUUGGCAGAAAAGCUCCAUACUAUAAUCGUCAUCUCGAUAUUGCUCGCCAAAAAAGUUUAUUAGGUGACGCAUUUAAGAGCUCAAAUUUACAGGAAAAAUCGGAGGCAUUUCUUCUCGCAGUUGGGUAUAAUUAUAUCGGUUCUCAAUCACAUAUAAAUGUAUGGAACCCGAAGGUUGAAUCGGGUGACUUCAGCUCGGGCCAAAUCUGGAUGCAAAACGGACCUGGAGAUGCAUUUGAAAGUGUAGAAGCUGGUUGGGUGGUGAAUCGAGGCGUAUUUGGAGAUUCACGAACGCGGUUUUUCGCCUAUUGGACUAAAGAUGGAUACAAAUCAACAGGUUGCUUCAACAUCUUAUGCGCCGGUUUUGUGCAUACCAGCAAAAAGAUAGCUUUAGGUGCACCAAUCGAACCCAUCUCUAGUGGGGAUAACCAAUACGACAUCGCUAUCAGCUUGUUCAAGGUACUUCUUAGGAUGGUGCCAGCGAAACCGAAAACCCAAGAGAGAAACGCCGGAAUUUUAUCUGGGCUUGACAGCAGAAAGAGAAUCAGCGUGGAGACUUACGGGAAAAGAAGACACUUGAUCGUGGGAACUGGGAAGAUCACAAGAGACAACUCUUUUCGGGAGUUGACGACUCGGUGUCAAAACGUGGAGAGAGAGAGAGACGAAUCAGAAAAGCGAGAGGAGACGUCGGGAAACGGCUUUCUGCAUAGACCGCUGUCGCAGUUAAUUCCAGGAUCUUCUGCAGAAAACGUAGAAACGACUCCGAAGACUCGCUUCGCAGCGUGA